AGUCGUUUGUGAGGGCACUUUGUUAGAUGAGAAAUAGUUGACUCCUUGAUUCCGUUUGGGGAAACGCAAGUUCCUUGGCACCGCCAGUUCUCUGCUGCGAGAUUUCCUGAAAGAAAAUCGAGUUGGUGUGAAACUCGCUCCAGUUUGCUUCCACAUUUGUUUCGCUGGCUGCAGAGUGCAAACGCUUCCUCGUUUGUUUUACUUUUAAACGAAACUUUCCGCAAUGAGGCCGGGGCUGGUUUUCGCGCUGGUUUGUCUGAGUGUGUUUCUGCUGGAAUUCGCGGAAUGCCAGAAGGAUGCAAAUACCAAAAGUAAAAAGCAAAAUGCUGGCGGGAAAGUGAAACUGACCAACAAAAAGCCAAAGAACAAACCAAAAGUAAAGAAGGUGGCGGCUAGGAAGCUUGCAAGAAUCAGCAUCAUGACCCAGUUACUGCAGCAAGGCAGGUUUCUGAAGCCAUCCGAUACUUUGGUCAUUGCUGCUGGAGAGAAUCUCCUGCUGCGCUGUAAGGGGAAGCACAUCAGCUGGGCCUACCCCUCUUAUCUAGAUGAAGAAAAUGACGGCAGAUUCAGCAUUGACCAUCGGGAAAGAUUUAGUCAACUGACAGUGGCAAACAGCACAGGAGCUGACACCGGUGAAUACAGCUGUUGGGCGCUGGACUGUGAUGCUGAGACUUGCAGGAGGGAUGACUCCAAAACGGGCAGCACUUAUGUCUUCUUCACUGAUCCUCGUGAGCUGUUUGUACCAGCAAACGAUUACUACAUGGCCAUUCAGCUUCGCACUGACAGACCCACAAGGUUGCCGUGCCAGGUGACCAAUCCUCUUGCCAAAGUGUCUCUGCAUCGGGAGUAUCCACCGGAGUUGAUUCCAGAGGAUGGGAAAUUAAUCACGUUUGACGUGAAGAAAGGAUUUGUUAUCCAUAAAGCCCUUCCAUUGUUUGGCGGCACACUAUACUGCGUGGCAAGCUAUCAGGGGCUAAGGCAGAGUUCCACCAAGUACCUCCUCAUUUUUACCUAUUAUCCAUCUGCACGUCCAGCUGCUACAAUCAAAGCCUCAUCCAGCUCUGUGCAUGCAGGUGUAAACUUCAACUUAACCUGUACAGUUCUUGGGGAAACUAACAUAGAGGUGCACUUCACUUGGGAAUUCCCUGGCCAGCAGCUGGGGAGACCCACCUACACCAUGGAGAGCCAGCAGUCAGUAUAUGCUGGUGGCCAGGCACUCCAGUCAUCGCAAAGUGUGCUGCUGGUAGAUGAGGCCCGGCCUAUUGAUGAGGGACUCUACACCUGUACCGCUCAGAACCAGCAGGGGGCGACCUCAGUCUCCACUCGUGUCAACGUACUCCCACGGACUGGUCCAGGUCGACAAUGAGCAGAGGAGCAGGAUUAAGACUUUCUCCUCAGUUUACUGACAACUACACUGCAAAAUGGAGAAACCAACUGCAGUUAUUUUUAAACUCCUGCAGAGUAUUUAGUUGUACAUUUGCAUAUUUCAGUCUCAGAAAAGAGGUGUUUUGCUGUUAAAAAUAUCUUGAUAUUUUAAUCAUUCAGCACAAAUGUGUAUGUGAGUGCUUGUGCAAUGAUUGCCUUCAAGAGAAGUAGACAAUGCUUCUCCUCUGAAGGGGAAAGAUCCCUGUUUGGUAAUAUAAUGUUGUCACUUGUACCGGUAACAACAAUUCUAAAUCUUAAUGAAAAUGUAAAAUAAAGCCAGCAAUGGUGAUCAAUGUGA